AUGAGGAUUUCUCAGAGUAAGGCUUCUCCCAAGAUUUCAAGAGCCAGUUGCCCUACCAUCAUCACAACUUCAUUGGACAGUUCACAGCCACCACAGCUGCUCGGGUACUUGGCUUACAGCACCCUAAAGUCUCCAAUGAACCAGCAAUUGACAAGCUCAAAGGAUCUUGAUGAUUUAAGAAUGGAGGGAGUAACUACCCUUGUACCUUCUGGGAGCAAAUUUAACCAAGGUCGUGCUACUCACCCUGCUGAACCUCAGGCCAAGGUCACACUGAACAUCUGUUCAAGGUGUGCCAGGCUUCAAGGAGACAACCUGGCAGAAAGGACGGAGGAGACUUCACAAGCACUUCAUUCUCCAGAUGAAAUAGUCCCAGAUUCUUUGGAUUCUUUAGCCGGGACUGAAGAAGCACUAAUGGAAGAGGGUGAAGAAUUUGAGAAAGCAUCUAAAUUAACAGGACCUGAUGAAUCUUUAAAGCAAUUGCAAGUAGUUCAUCAGCCAUGGAUCUUGCCAAGUGACACAGAAAGUGAAGGAGUAGAAGCAGAACAAGAUAAAUGUGAGUAG